AUGAUCGCCGCCCACGUGGAGAAGCUACGGGCCAUGGCCGGGCAGCUCCUCCGAGAAGCCAGGAGGCUCUCCGGGGAUGGACCGGAGGAUAUGGUGAGCGGUUGGUCGGCUGAACGCGCGGCCACCGCCUCAUUCGGCCGGAUCCGGGCCAGCCCGACGGCGUGGGCUCUUUUCGAGAGGGGGUUCGCCGAGGGACUUCAGUCCACGCGGGCUAACACCCCGCAGCCUACUGCCAGGACGUGGGCAGGACCUCCGGGGAGGGCACCCCCCCGCCGAGAGGCGCCGGCGUACCAGCGUCACGAUGUGCGGGACAGACGGGGGCGGUUCCAGCCUCUGCAGCCAGCCGUGCAGCCACCAGCUCAGCAGCCAACCGGACAGUCACCAGCUCCUGAGCCAGCGCCUGGAGCGGCACCACCAGCACCAGCUCCUACACCCACACCUCCGAUCCAGCCCUCCCAACCACCAGCCACACCCGAGGCACAGUUGGCAGUCGUGGAGCGGUGGAUCGAGGAGAUGGAGGUGACGCACGAGGCGGACACCGGCCCCUUGGGCAAAUAG